AGCCGCGUCAUCAGCGGUAGAACUACACGGGACAGCGCGAGGACGCACUGGGAGUGCUGGAGUGUUUCUGGGAAAAUUACCGAAAUACGGAAAUAUACCGAGGGUGACUUUUAGAAGGUGUAGACACAGGAGAGGAGUGUGUUCGAGUUUAGGACUUGUGUUGUGUUUUCUCUACAGAUGGCUUUGUCGGGUAAUUGCUGCAGUCUCUUUGGAAUAUAAACAUCUUUGAGGAUUAUUAUAAUUAUUAUUAUUGGAUUAAGCAAUCCUUCCUCAUGAGGAAAGAUGGGGAAUGGAUUGUCGGAACAACCUAAUUUCCUCUCAAGUGUCCCGUUCUUCCAGUCAUUUCACAUUGCUAUUUUGGGACUGGACUCUGCAGGGAAGACAACAGUCCUGUACAGACUACAGUUCAAUGAAUUUGUCAACACAGUACCCACAAAAGGUUUCAACUCAGAGAAGGUGAAAGUGUCACUGGGUGCCCACCGGACUGUAACCUUCCAUUUCUGGGAUGUUGGUGGGCAGGAGAAACUCCGCCCGCUGUGGAAGUCGUACACCCGUUGCACUGAUGGCAUCAUAUUUGUGGUGGACUCAGUGGAUGCAGAGCGCAUGGAGGAGGCAAAGACAGAGCUCCAUAAAAUAGCAAAGACCUCAGAAAACCAAGGUGUGCCCCUGCUGGUAGUUGCUAACAAACAGGACUUGAGACAUUCUCUGGGACUGGAUGAAAUUGAGAAGUUGCUAGCGCUGAAAGAACUGGGGCCCGCUACACCUUGGCACCUGCAGCCAACCUGUGCUAUCAUUGGAGAUGGACUCAGGGAGGGCCUGGAAAGACUCCAUGAUAUGAUCCUGAAAAGGAGAAAGGUGCUUCGCCAGCAGAGGAAGAAGAGAUAAGUUCAACAAGAGAAGGACUUUUCUGCUGUUUUAUGUGAAGGAAGUGUAUAGAUUGAUGUCCUGGAUGGAUUCAAGCAUCCACAUCAGGUCCACAGUCAACCUGCUGAGUUUUAUCAGUCCUGAACUGAGCUUUAGGAUCCUCCCGGCCUUGGGUUGUGUGUUGAGCUGUUGAUCAGGAAGUGACACAUAGAGGAAUAUGGUAUGAAGAUGAAGAUGAAGUGUGGCUAUAAUGAGUUUAUUUGAUGGAAAAAGCACAGAGGGUUUGGGGUCCGGAAGGAUGAUGCAAGUUGUUUUUAGGGCAAUGUGUGAUUUCAUAAAUGACUAAUGGCUGUUGCAAACUAUAUUACCAAAAAUUAAUUUUAAAAGAGAUCAAAAACUCUAGGUAAAGGAUGGUAAACAAUUAUUGUUCAACCAGAAUGGCAGUGAAAUUAUCUCCAGUUUUCCCUAUUUUAUAAAGUAUUGUAAUUGUUUUCUACACUGGACUUUUUCUGUAAAAGACAUGUAUUGUAUGUUACUGCUUUGCUAUUAUCCCUAAUUAGCUUGCUGUUUUAUAUCUCUCAGAUUUUUUUGUAAAGCACUUUAGAUAAUUACUUCACUUUGAGUUUACAGUUUUUCAGUAGGGCAUACGUUUUGAGAAAAGCUGAGCAGAUGCUUUUUUAGUUAUUUGUCAGUUGAAAGGUUAUGCAUUAUUGUGUUUCAAAUAAAACAUUUAGAGCAAUAUUGACAAUAGUAUGGAGAGUAUUAUUAUUUUCACUGUUUUAAGACUAGGACUUCUGCUUCAUGUGGGGAAUAAGAUUGAACUUUCCAAAGCACGAAUCUUUACACUGAAGGUAACUGAAACAAAGACGGGGUUGCACCAGUAAAUAUAACUAUGUUUCACCAAAUUUUAAAGCAUAAAAUAAAGUUUAGUUUUUACCCUAACCCUAGAUUAAAAGUUUACUACGUA